GGGCUUUAUAGCCGAGGCACCGGCGGGGGUGUGCGUGUGUGUGUGUGUGUCAGGCGUAGCUGGUGGGGCCUCGAGAAGAACUUGCCGGGCUUCAAACAAUCCCACUCAGGAAAACAGAAAUUAGAAAACAUGGCUGGGAAACCGAAGCUCCACUACUUCAAUGGACGAGGCCGAAUGGAACCCAUAAGGUGGAUGUUGGCUGCAGCUGGAGUUGAGUUUGAAGAACAAUUUAUUCAAACAAAAGCAGACCUGCAAAAACUACAGCAUGAUGGUAGCCUCCUGUACCAGCAAGUGCCUAUGGUGGAAAUAGAUGGGAUGAAGUUGGUGCAGACCCGAGCCAUUAUCAACUACAUUGCGGCAAAAUACAACCUCUAUGGGAAAGACAUCAAGGAGAAAGCCUUAAUUGAUAUGUAUUUUGAGGGUGCUGCGGAUCUGAGUGAAAUGAUUAUGAUACUGCCCUACAAACCAGCUGAUACUAAGGAGAAGGAAUUAACAACGAUCCUUGAAAAGGCCAAUAACAGAUAUUUUCCAGUCUUUGAAAAGGUUCUAAAAAGCCAUGGAAAAGAUUUUCUUGUUGGAAACCAGCUCAGCAAAGCAGACGUUCUUUUGCUUGAAACCAUUUUGGCAGCAGAAGAGUUGAAGGGUGAUAUUCUCUCCAGCUUCCCUCUUUUAAAGGCUUUUAAAGCGAGAACUAGCAACAUUCCUACAAUAAAGAAAUUUCUUCAGCCUGGAAGUCAGAGAAAAUCAGCACCCGAUGAGAAAGCUGCAGCAGAAGCUAUGAAAAUUUUCCACUGAAUUGUUUUCCACUGGACUGGCAUUGUAGCAGCUAUGGGCAAAAUGAAAAAAAGUCAACUUAUUUCAGAUAAUUCCAAAGGACAACAAUCACAUAAAAACUAAAUCUACAUAAAUACAGCAAGAAGGUGAAUAAAGAACAGAAUGGCAAAGUUUGAUUAAACUUGAUUAAGGGGAAAUUGUGGCAAUAGAGCCUACCACAUGGCUGACAUGAAAUUAAAUACAUCAUUAUGAUACAGACCACCGGGAAGCCUAUGUAUGCAGUAUUUCUCUUUUCUUCUUCAGUCCUGCAUGUCCUACCAUCUACUCCAGGGUAUUUCCCAGCCCUCUAGGGCAGGCUUUGAGGGUUCCACCAGUCUCAAAGCAGUAUCUAGUGAUGCUUCAAGAAAAACUGGAUAUGCAGGCCUUACAGCAGGCCUUUGUGGAUGAAAAGCAGGGAAGGUGACACUUGUUUGCAUUAAGUUAUAUCUUGGUCUGGAGUGCAGGGGAUUUUCCUUUGCAUUGUACUGAAGUGGCACACAUGAACUGAAUUUGUAGACUGAAAUCUAUUCUGCCGCAGGACUCCACCCGAGUACAGUAAUCAGAAAUCUCAAAACUAUCAAGUGAAAAAAAUACAUUUAUGACAAUCAUCCCAUUUCUUUUUCUUACAAAAUUAUUUUUCUGAGUUGACUAAAACCUCACAGAACUUUCAGUGUUUUUUUUUGUGUGUGGAAGACAUUGAGCAAUAUCUUUCCCAAACAUGAUUGCCAUAUACAUUGUGGAACAGCUCUAAGCGACAAAUAAAGUGGCCAUCUCAAGACAGUUGCUUACUGUAA